GUAGUAGUAGCAUCAGCAGAGAUAGUGGCUGAAGACUUGAAGGCACGGGCACCGAAUAUGCCCGAGCUUGGAAGAAGCCUAUAAAUAACAAGAAGCUAGCUUUGCUUCGUUAGCUUUAGCUAGCUAACUCUGGAACUUCUCCCACAUCCAUCUUCCUCCUCUGUUCAAGAGCACCGGCCAGGAGUUCAUAGACACCGCACCGAGUGAGGUGCAGGAGGGUUGGGCAGGUGGAGUUGGAGUAGCUGCCCCGCCCGCCGCCGGCCUGAUACACGUCGUCGUCGGGCGCCGGCCGGCCGGAGGGAUCAAGUUGAUGGGGAAGAUGGUGGGCAAGAGCUGGCAGGAGUCGAGGCUGCUGUGGCACAUCGCGUUCCCGGCGAUCCUGACCGCCGUGUUCCAGUUCUCCAUCGGCUUCGUCACCGUCGGCUUCGUGGGGCACAUCGGCGAGGUCGAGCUCGCCGCCGUCACCGUCGUGGAGAACGUCAUCGAGGGCUUCGCCUACGGUGUCCUGCUUGGCAUGGGCAGCGCGCUGGAGACGCUGUGCGGGCAGGCGGUGGGCGCGGGGCAGGUGGACAUGCUGGGCAUCUACAUCCAGCGCUCCUGGAUCAUCUGCGGCGCCACCGCGCUGGUGCUCGCGCCGACCUACGUCUUCGCGGCGCCCAUCCUCCGCGCGCUCCACCAGCCCGCCGCCAUGUCCGCCGUCGCGGGGCGGUACACGCGGUGGGUCAUCCCGCAGCUGUUCGCCUACGCCGCCAACUUCCCGCUGCAGAAGUUCUUCCAGGCGCAGAGCAAGGUCUGGGCCAUGACCUUCAUCUCCGGCGCCGCCCUCGCCCUCCACGUCGUGCUCAACUACGUCUUCGUCACGCGCCUCGGCCACGGCCUCUUCGGCGCCGCCAUGAUCGGGAACGUCACAUGGUGGAUCAUCAUCGUCGCGCAGUUCGCCUACCUCGUCUCCGGCUGCUUCCCCGAGGCGUGGAAGGGGUUCUCGAUGCUCGCCUUCAGCAACCUCGCCGCCUUUAUCAGACUCUCCCUCGCCUCCGCCGUCAUGCUCUGCUUGGAGCUUUGGUACUACACUGCAGUGCUCAUCCUUGUGGGUCUCCUGAAGAAUGCUCAACUCGAGGUUGACAUUAUGUCAGUCUGCAUCAACUACCAGCUUUGGACCCUGAUGGUUGCACUAGGCUUCAAUGCAGCAGUGAGCGUUAGGGUGUCAAACGAGCUGGGCGCCAACAGGCCGAAGGCAGCCAGGUUCUCAGUGAUCAUGGCAGUGUCGACGUCUGCCGCCAUCGGGGCGGUCUUCUUGGCCGUGUUCCUCGCCUGGAGGACCGAGCUGCCACGCUUCUUCAGCGACAACGAAGAGGUGGUGAGCGAGGCUGCAAAGCUUGGCUACCUUCUUGCAGCAACCAUCUUCCUCAACAGCAUCCAGCCUGUGCUCUCAGGUGUGGCGAUAGGAGCAGGGUGGCAAACACUUGUUGCCUUCAUAAACAUAGGGUGCUACUACUUGGUUGGCAUCCCACUGGGGGUCCUCUUUGGCUUCAAGCUUAGACAUGGUGCAUUGGGGAUUUGGGUGGGCAUGUCCAUUGGCACGCUGCUGCAGACUACUGUGCUUCUCAUAAUUUGCUUCAGAACCAAGUGGGAGAAACAGGCUAUGUUGGCCGAAGAGAGGAUAAGGGAGUGGGGAGGAAGCAGUGAUACAUUGCCGGCGGCGACAACAACGGUGACAAACGGUAGCAUAGAUAGAUGAUCAGAUGGUUACUGCAUACAGAUUCGACAAUGCUAUUUAUAUGUACAUGGAAAACACAUAUAGGUAGAUUAUAUAGAAUUAAUUAACCUGUACAGACUGAGAUUGAUCCAAUGUACCUCGGCUUCGUCAUUGGGGAAAACGGCCUUUUAGGAUCUGUUUUAAUCGGAGAAAUGAAAUUCAACUACUAAUUCAUCUUUAAUGAGAAUUAGAAUUGGGCAUCAA